CUCUCCGCACGGUGCCAAACCCUUCACAGAGCUCGCACCACCACUUUCCUCUCAGACAAGAGCCGUUUGUGUGCGUGCAGGAAAACAACAUGGCAGACACUGCCGUCCAAUCCGAGGGAAGAAGCGGCGGGAUUGUGAUUAACGAUGACUGGCCAGGCUACAGUUUAGACCUCUUCAACUACCCAGCUCACUACGCCGGAGACUUAGACUGUGUCUUCAUCCCGCAUGGCGUGAUUAUGGACAGGACAGAGCGUCUGGCUCGCAACAUCAUGGACGACCUGGGGGACCAUGCCAUCGUGGUGCUGUGUGUGCUGAAAGGAGGCUACCAGUUCUGUGCCGACCUGGUGGACAGGAUCAAGGCUCUCAGCCGCAACUCCAACCAAACGAUCCCCAUGAGGGUCCACUUCAUCCGUCUCAAGAGCUACCUGAAUGACCAGUCGACAGAGGAUCUUCACAUAGUCGGAGCAGAGGAUUUGUCUUUUUUAUCCGGAAAGAACGUACUGAUUGUCGAGGCCAUAGUCGGCACCGGAAAGACAAUGAGGACUCUCCUGAAUCAUGUUGAAGCCUUCAAGCCCAAAAUGAUCAAAGUAGCAGGAUUGCUGGUGAAGAGACUGCCACACAACUCGGCAUGUCGUCCUGACUAUGUCGGCUUUGAGAUACCCAAUCGGUUUGUGGUGGGAUAUGCCCUAGACUACAAUGAGUAUUUUAGAGACUUAAAUCAUAUCUGUGUGAUCAGUGAAAAUGCAAAGAUGAAAUACAAGAUUUAACAUUUAAAAAAGGACUGGAGGAGGCAGCGACUGUCACACAGAUGUCAUCUAACAGCAAGCCUGAACGUUUUCCCUGGGAUGCCAUUCACUUACAGCUGCUAUCGUGACAUUUGAUCUCCAGCAUCUCCUGUUUUGUUCUAACAUUCCUUCUAUGAAUCUGUUUUUAACAAUAGACACUGACACUUAACUGGUAAUUUUAGCAAAGAUGGUACAUGUUGCAACUUCCAUUCUUCAUGUUUACGAAAGUUAUUCAUGUGGGAAAUGUUUAAUGCUGUGGUACUGCUACUGUUUGCCUUUGUUAGUUUGACUUUAACACAAAUGCCAUCUCAAUUUUACUUCUUGUAUGCAAUGUAAAGAACUUGAUAAUCAUGACCUGUGUGAAUGUGAUAGAUUUUGUUUUAAUUGGUGUGUGAUGAGGUAACAAAGGAAACAUUUAAAGUGAACGGGAGUUGUUUUAUUGGGAAGUUAGUGGUAGGAUUUUACAUUUUCUGAUAAUAUUGCCUUUUUGGUGUUUUCAUUAGCAGCUCUGCUGUCACCUUUAAUGCUCAGGGGCAAACACAGUAGUUUUGUAAACACUAUUUGCUAACUACCUCUUUGUUUUUUCAGUAUUUCAGGUGUAGUGGGAUUCUUUUAUCAUUUCUGUAUUUUCCUUUUGUAAUUUAACACACCAGUAAAGUUUUGUAGCAU